AUGACUGCUUCAGCUGCAAACGACUUUAAUCCUUGCACACAACUCAUUCCCAAUAUCAUUGAUCACUAUGCCCGGGUCUUGCCAAAUGCCAUCUAUGCCGAGUAUCCGGUCUCUUCGAUGAGUUACGAAGAUGGGUACCGCCCGGUCACCUACAAGGCGCUUGGAAAUGCAAUUAAUGGCAUUGCAACCUGGCUAACGGCGAACCUGGGUCCAGGAAAUGGUGAAAUCUUGCCUUAUGUAGGACCAAACGAUGUGCGGUAUCCAGCCCUGGUUUUAGGUGCCAUUAAAGCUGGCUACUGCAUGUUCCUCACAUCUCCACGCAAUAGCGCCGUUGCUCACCAGAGUUUACUCAAAAAGCUCGGUUGCACCACAUUGAUAUGCCCUACGCCCCGACCAGCUCCCGUCAAUGUUAUUUUGGAUGCAUGCUCACUCAAUGUACUAGAGGUUCUGAGCGUGGAUGAGCUGAUGAGCACCCAAUAUCCGGACUUUCCUUUUUCGAAAACGUGGCCAGACGCGGCGACAGAGACAUUGGUUGUUCUCCACACAUCCGGGUCGACUGGAAUUCCAAAGCCAAUCUUCUGGACUCACGACACCGCAUGCAAGCACAUGGAGAUGGUAGUGCUUCCUCCUCCACACGGCUACGAGAGCCAGGACUACUGGAAUUUCGGCAAGAGAAUGUAUCUUGUCCCGCCCCCUUUCCAUGCUGCGGGCGUGGCAUACUUGCACUACAUUGGGCUAUCCGUGGGCAUUUCCUUGAUUGCCCCGACAUCCGGAGGCCUUCCUACUGCGGCUUCUCUGGUCGAAGCGAGAAAGAAGACCAAUUUCGAGACCGCUCUGAUCGUUCCUUCCAUUGUGCAGGAGCUCGCACAAAGUCCCGAGCUCCUGGACUACGUCAGUAGAAAUCUGACACAUCUUGUGUACUGUGGAGGAGAUCUUCCACAGCAGAUUGGCGACGCAGUGGCUGCAAAGAUCAAACUUGUCAAUCAGUACGGCGCCUCCGAGGUUGGCAUGAUGCCUUCAGUUCAUUCCACAACAAACCGAGAUCCUUUCAAGGACUGGCGGUACAUUGACUUCCAUCCUAGGAUGGGGGUAGAGCUUCAGCAUGUCUCGGAUGGUGAGUAUGAGCUGGUUGUGGUCCGUCGUCCAGAUUACGAACCACAGCAGUUCUCAUUCACCAUCUUCCCCGACAGACAGCAAUAUCACACCUCGGAUUUGUUUGUUCAGCACCCUGAUCCAGCAAAGGCCGAUCUGUGGCGCUGGUGUGCUAGAGCCGACGAUAUCAUCGUACUGCUCAAUGGCGAGAAGACAAACCCAGUCUCCAUGGAACAACAUAUUGUUGCAUCCAACCAACAGGUAACAGCCGCUUUGGUCGCGGGCACACAGCGCUUCCAAACCUCCCUUCUCAUUGAGCUUAACACAAAAGAAAAUUUGAGCUUGAGUGAGCGUGCUGCCAUGAUUGAGAAACUCUGGCCUAGUAUUCAGCAGGCCAAUGCUGUUUGUCCGGCCCAUGCACGGAUUGCAAAAACUCAUAUCGUUUUCACUACGAAGGAAAUGCCAAUGCUUCGGGCUGGAAAGGGUACCAUCCAGCGAGCCGGAACACUCGCACAGUACCGCCAUGAGCUUGAUAAAUUAUACGCUGAUGCGGACGAAUUAUCGAGUGAUGCUGGGAUUGGAAAUGGACCUGGUCGCAGCAAUGACCUCCCCGUCGUUUCUCAGUAUAUUCGACAGUCUAUUUUGGAUAUCACAGGAUGGAAUGACAGCCUCUCCGAUACGGAAAACUGGUUUUCCCUUGGGCUUGACUCCCUGCAAACAAUCACCACUACCCGAGUUCUUAGGCAGGGUCUCGGAAUUCCAAGUCUUAGCCCAAAUGUGGUAUACUUGCAUCCCACGGUGUCGGAAUUGGCCAAUGCAAUUAUUCUUUUGCACUCCCAAGGAGAUCAAUCUGCCGAAGACCAUCAAAGGCACCAACUGCAAGAACGUGAGGAACUGUUGCAAGAACUCCUUGGGCAGAUCAAGCUUCCUUCAAGCCCUCCUCCUCGCACAACUCCCACAGAGCAAAUUGUUAUCCUCACUGGCUCGACAGGCAGCUUAGGCAGCUACAUUCUACAUGCACUAUUACAAAACCCCUCCGUGGUGCAUGUCCAUUGCCUGAAUCGCCGAUCCAAUGCUAGUGAGGUGCAAUCCCAGAAGAGCAAAUCAUAUGGCCUACAGCUAGAUCAUACCCGGGUGAGCUUUUGGACUGCAGACCUUGCGGAGCCUCAACUUGGCCUACCUCUCACGACCUUGAGGCAGCUUCAACAGACAGCCACGCUGGUGAUUCAUAAUGCCUGGGCGGUCAAUUUUAACCUGUCUCUUAGGUCAUUCAAACCUAAUCUAGAGGGCGUCGUGAAUCUCGUCAACUUCAGCCUUGAAGCUACAUAUGGGCCUCAUCUGUAUUUCAUAUCCUCAAUUAGCUCAACUAUGGGGCACCAUACGCAAAAUGGCCUCACUCCGGAGGACGUGGUCACCACCACCGUGCCCGCCCCCAAUGGAUAUGCCAAUAGCAAGUAUAUUGCCGAGCGCCUUCUCGCCGAGGUAGCCGAGAGAAGUUCUGGGGCUUUUCAUCCCGCCUAUUCACGCGUUGGUCAGAUCGCUGGCCCAGUGCGUUCAAGUGGUCUAUGGAACAGAGCGGAGUGGUUCCCCAGCCUAGUUCUGAGCUCCGCGCACAUUGGAGCCCUCCCAGAAAGCCUCGGCCCUGCUCUGGACCGUAUCGACUGGGUGCCUAUUGAUCUCCUUGCCGAAGUCCUGGUGGACCUAGCACUCACUAGAAGUGUUAGGGUAGAUGGAAUUGUGGAAGUGCAUCACCCAGUGAAUCCUAGUCCACUGAGUUGGAACGAUAUCAGACCAGCUGUGGUGGAAGCUCUCAAGAACAGCUCCGGUUCGAACGUUGAGACCGUAACCUUCCGUGAGUGGCUACAUCGCGUCCGCCAGGAUAUUGAAGUAGCUGGAGUUGACGGGGACAAGGAGCUGCAAGAGCUUCUUGCGCAGAAUCCAGCUGCCAAGCUCUUGGAUUUCUUUGAUCAGGUCAUGUCCCAGUCCACAAUGGAGAACUCACUAGACACAGAACUUACCACUCGGCGCUGUAGGAAACUCCAGGCUGUGGGUGCGGUCAAAGCGGUGUGGAUCCAAAAGUGGGUUCGUGAGUGGUUAUAG